AUGCCUACAGAAUAUUUUUCAACAAAACUUUCAUUAGAUUAUACUAAAUUGUUAGAAACAUCAAAUGAUUAUAAUGUAAUUAUAGAGAUAGGGGAACAGGACAAGAUACCUUCAUUUAAUAACAUACCUUUCGUUGUAAGUGAUGAUGAGGAGAAAUUUAAAACGUUUAAAGCGCAUUCGUUGAUCUUGAAAUCACGAUGUAAAUACUUUGAAGCGGCAUUAUCAUACGAUUGGGAAAUUCUGUUGGAAUUAUUGGAUCGAGAUGAUUUCAAUAAAUUUAAUGAAAUUGACAUUUGGGGUUUUAUCUUAAAAUGGGGAAUCUUUCAAUCAAAUGAUCAAUUAUCAAUCUUAUCUUAUAAUAAUAACGCAACGACGAAAACGACUACUACUACGACAUCGCGGAAUGAUGAGGAAUGGUUAUUAAAUUUGGAAUUAAAAGAUUUAAUAGAUCAUUUAAGUAAUAAAUGUUCAUGGGGUACCAACGAAUAUAAUAUCUUGGGUAAAUCUUUGGAAAAUUUAUCGACGAAAAUUCGUUUCAUAGAAUUUUUGAAAUCAGAUUUUAGAAAGUUUAUAAUGCCUUUUAAAGAAGUGUUUAAUAUUGAAUUUUACAAUGAAUUACAAGAUCAUUUUUAUAUUUUAUUACCAUCCCCUCCUCCUUCCAAACAAUUACUUUUUAAUAAUUUAAAUCUCGGUGAUAAAAAUGAUAGCAGAAGUGGCGGUAGCAGUAUGAUGAAUGGUAAUGCAACCUCCACGAACGCUUUCUCGUCCAAUGUAAAUCAUCAUCCAUCAUUGCUACUUAAACCCCCUUAUACAUUCACUUUGUUAUAUAGAGCAUCUCGUGAUUGUUUUAACUUGGAUAUUUUGCAUAAAUUCAUAGAUUAUAAAGUAAAUGUAUUAAUUGUAGCAAGAAUUUCUAAUACCAAUGAAUUAAUAGGCGGUUACAAUCCGAUCGGUUGGGACGAUUCAAAUAAGCCUCAUCCUGAUUCGAUCAAUAGUUUUAUUUUCUCGUUUCGUGAUAAUAAUUCUCCUAGCUCUCCCACUUCAAUUUCUCCACCACUCUUACCAAGAAUAAGUAGAUUAAAACGCGAAUCAAUUGAUAAGAUAGUAUUCAAUUCCAAAACUGGUUACAUUUCUUUUGGUAGUGGUAGUGAUUUAAGGAUUGGUGAGUAA